AACCAAGAACGUGCCAGAGAAUUACUCACUUGGAUACAGCGCGCAAUAUCUUCUGGCCGAAUAGGUGAUCCAAGAGCAGUUUAUGCUGUAGUGACGAAUGAAGCGAAAAAUAUGGCCCACGCUUAUACAAUUGCUGGGGAAGCACUUUGGCAUUCUUGUGACAACCAUACUUCUCCAGUACAAAACUACGCCGUGGUAAACUACAGGAAGCGGUGA